AUGCGGCAACCUCAAUCUCCCAACACAGCACAUCCAUUCCCUCCUUUUGUUCGAUUUGCUCAACGGCUCUGGAUAGAAAUUGAGCACGACCAAAAUAAUUACCAGUAUCAGCUAACAUCAUUCCUUUUAAUUGCAUCCACACCCUCACUCGCUCACUAUCAACAUACCCCAUGGCCCGCAAACUCCACUCCAAACAACUACCCGCCACCAUCCCGUCACCAUAUAUUGUCCCACCGCCACCAAACUUAA